AUGGUGGAUCCUAUUAUAUUUCUAUCUGUCAACUCUGUGAAGUUGAUACCCUCAAAACUCAUACCCAUUACUCUGUUGUCGACCAAACUUGGCCAAGAAGAAAUGGCUCCUCAGGGGCAAGGUGCUGCUUCUCGUAAAUCUUCAUCACCAAUGGAGAGUGUGAUUGUUGUGAUGCACAGUAAUCAAAGUAAGCACGAUGUUGAGGCCAUGGAUUGGGCUCUCAAGCAUGUGGUUCGACGGGGAGAUAAUGUUAUUGUGCUUGGAGUUAUAGGUGGGUGUGGAGUGAAGAACAUUUGCUUCCCGUUCAACAUGGGCAUGGGCUUCUCUGCAAUUUGGGAAAGAAUAGAUUGUUCAACAACAGGACAAGAGCCAAGACCCAAGGAACUUGCAGAAGAAAUUGAGAGAAAGAAACAACAGUGUCAGAGUAAACUCCAGCCAUUCUAUCGACGAUGCAAGAAGAAUGAGGUAAACUUGGAAGUCAAGCUUACAUUUGGCUGUUGCCCUAUAAAAAUCACAGUAGAACAAGCUCAGAACUCAAAUCCUCGUUGGAUUAUCUUAGAUAGCUACUUGAAGAAGUAUAAAAUGAUCAUAUACAAUGAAGUAGGCUGCAAUAUUGCAGCGAUGAAGGGAAAUGAUCUGGCAACUCUGAUUCCAUCAAGAAAUGGACAAGGUGGAACAUCUGGUACUGCUUCUUGUAACAAGCUUAAUGUUCCGCAUGAUGAUGACUCAUCAUCAACAGCAUCCAGGCAAGCAUCAGCAGGGCAAAGCCCUGCAUGGUAUCCAGUAUCAUGGAGAAGUGGAUUUCCUCGAGCUUUUUCAGAAGCAGAACUUGAAGCGAUAACUUGUGGUUUCUCUAAAGAGAACAUUGUUCUAGAAGUGCGAGAUGGCAUUGGAGUAUACGAAGGGAUGCUCCAGGGAUGUCCUGUCCUGGUAAGAGCCUUUGCAGGAAACGAUGAACGCUUCUGGCCAACACUGAAGAUUCUUUCCAGGAUCCACCACAGGAAUAUAUUGAACCUUGUAGGACACUGCUGCACUGCCACCAACUUGUUCUUGCUUUUCGACUACCCUUGCAUGGGUAAUCUGGAAAUCAACCUUCUAGUUGAUGAUUUGGCCAAGAACUUGCCCUGGAAAGCGAGGUGGCACAUUGCUCUGGACAUUGGUGGAAGCCUGCAGUAUCUUCAUGAAGAAUGUGUGACUGAUGGAGCCAUCGUUCACCUCUCUGUUUCUUCUUCUUAUGUUAGCUUAUCUUGUGGAUCCAUUACCAUGCUUGCCUACUUUGCGACCGCUAGAAUCCUUAAAGAUGAAGGGACGAGUAACGUUGACUCUAGAACACGGCGGAGAAAUGAGGAGCAUGAUGAACUGAUAGCUGUGGACAUACACGACUAUGGAGUGCUCCUGAUUGAGCUCAUCAGCGGAAUGAGUGCCCGGCUGUUCCAGAGGCAAGGCGUGGGACAAAGCCUGAUUGACUGGGCCCUGCCACUUCUGGAGAAGGGUUCCAUAGAAGAUGUGUUGGAUCCCAGAGUGGUGGAGGAGAUGACCGAUAGCAGAAUGAUUCAGCAUUUGGUAAAUGCAGCUUUGCUUUGCCUGAGGAGUAAUCCUUCUGCAGGCCACUGCCUCUCAAUGAGCCAGGGAGUAACAAGGUUAUUGUUGACUUCAAUUCCUCACUUCAGAAAGAUCCUGUUAUCAGCCUUUGAAUGUCCACAUUGUGAUGAGAGGAAUAAUGAAGUCCAGUUUGCGGGUGAAAUCCAGCCACGGGGUUGUUGUUACUGUUUGAAUGUCACAGCAGGCAAUCAGAAGAUGCUCGAUCGUCAGGUGGUGAAAUCUGAAUCUGCAACCAUAAAGAUUCCUGAACUGGACUUCGAGAUUCCUCCUGAGGCGCAGCGUGGUAGCCUAUCAACGUUGGAAGGAAUUUUGAUGCGUGCUGCUGAUGGCUUGCAAGCACUUCAAGACGAACGCAGGAAAGUGAAUCCUGAAACUGCUGAAGCAAUAGAUCAAUUCUUGUCAAAGUUAAGGGCUUGUGCUAGGGGAGAUUCAUCGUUCACUAUCAUCUUGGAUGAUCCUGCUGGAAACAGCUUUAUAGAGAACCCGUGUGCUCCAUCACCAGAUCCAGCAUUGAAUAUCAAGUUCUACGAUCGAACUCCAGAGCAACAAGCAUCUUUGGGCUAUCUGCCUAAUCCAACACAGCCUGGAGAACCUGUGGCCACAGCAUCUGUUGAGAGAACAGAGAAUGAUGAUGCCAAUUCAGGAAAAGUAGAACCUCAUGGAUCAAUUGGAGCAGUAGCUGGUCAUCGAGCCAUUGCUCAGAGUAAUAGUGCGGAAAUCUCUGAAGCUUUGUUCCGAUACACUUCACCAGAAGAGGUGAUGACAUUCCCGUCGACUUGUGGAGCUUGUGCUGUCAGGAGCGAAACUCGGAUGUUUGUCACGAACAUCCCAUACUUUCAAGAAGUAAUUGUGAUGGCAUCCACCUGUGAUUCCUGUGGUUACCGUAGUUCUGAGUUGAAGCCAGGCGGAGCAAUUCCUGAAAAGGGAAAGAGAAUAACACUCUGUGUGAAGAAUGUUAAAGACCUCAGUCGUGAUGUCAUAAAGUCUGAUACUGCAGGUGUGACAAUCCCCGAGCUUGAUUUGGAACUCACUAGUGGAACUUUGGGAGGAUUAGUGACAACAGUGGAAGGCUUGGUUACAAAAAUCAGUGAAAGUCUUGAGAGAGUGCAUGGAUUUACAUUCGGUGAUAGCCUUGAGGAAUCCAGGAAAAACAAGUGGCUAGAUUUCAGAUCAAGACUAAUUAAGCUUCUAAACCUUGAAAAGCCUUGGACUUUGAUUCUUGAUGAUGCAUUGGCAAAUUCUUUCAUUGCUCCAGCAACGGACGAUAUUAAAGAGGACCAACAACUAACAUUUGAGGAAUACGAGAGGUCAUUCGAGCAGAACGAAGAGUUGGGACUGAACGAUUUGGACACGUCUUCAGCUGAUGCAGCAUAUAAUGAUAGCACCAGUACUGCUGCCGUUGAAGAGAAGUAA